ACUAUAAAAAUUUAAAGUAUAAAUUAAAUAUGCAUAAAAAAUAGGGAGUAUUAAUUAGCACUAGCUCGUCCCUUCUGGUUUUGUCUAAACGAAACCCCAACCGCCGGCGAACGACAUCGUUUUCUGUUAACGAAACCCUAAUCGAAUAACGAUACCGUUUUGAUCAAAAUGGGAACACCGGAAACUUCACGAGAGCCGUGUCCAGAUCGCAUCCUAGACGACAUCGGAGGAGCCUUUGGAAUGGGCGCCGUCGGCGGCUCCGCCUUCCACUUCCUCAAAGGUCUCUACAAUUCCCCGAAAGGCGAUCGAUUAAUCGGUGCAACACAAGCGGUUCGUCUCAACGCUCCAAGAAUCGGUGGUAGUUUCGCUGUUUGGGGUGGUCUUUUCUCCUCUUUUGAUUGUACUAUGGUUUACGUUCGUCAGAAAGAAGAUCCAUGGAAUUCGAUUGUUGCUGGUGCUGCUACCGGUGGUUUUCUUGCUAUGCGUCAGGGUUUUGCUGCUUCUGCUAGAUCCGCUGCGUUUGGCGGUGUUCUUCUUGCGCUUAUUGAAGGUGCCGGGAUUGCGCUUAAUAAGUUUCUUAGUGCUCAGCAGCCUAUGCCGAUUAUGAUGGAUGAGAUGCCGCCGCAGACUCCGGAGAAUUCGGAUUCCAACAAGUCGUGGUUUGGUGGAAUCUUCGGUGGGGCCAAGGAAGAAGAGAAGAAUACUAGUGGAGGAAGCGAUGUUAAGAUUCUCGAGAGUUUUGAUGCUCCUCCUGUGCCUAAUUUCGAGUACAAGUGAAUUAGGGUUUGGUUUGGUUUUGGCCUAUGAGGUAGUGAUUUUUGUUAUGUUCUUGAAUUUGAAAAUUUAGGGGUUUGUUUUGAACCUCAAUUGGUGAUUAUCUAUCAUACUUUUAAUUACUUAUCUGGUUAGUUCUUGUUUUGAAAUCUACAAUAAUAAUAGUGGUAGAUUUUCUUUACAA